AUGAGAAGUUGCGAAUUCAAAGGAGGCUCUGCCGGGUUUUACACGACUACUGACAUCUCCAUGUUGGAGCGUCAGGGGAAUUACAGGGCGUUGGUCCGUGUGCCCACUUGGUGCCCACCCCCUCCUACCAACAAUAUGUGCUCUUAUUGACGCUCGUUUUUUUUUUGGCGCUGCAACGAGAGGCUGAUGUGUCUUUCAAUGGUCAAUGUACUACAUACAAAAGCGACCCAGUAGCAGUAUUUUUGAAAUGAAAUACAUAGC